UUUAGUAUUGUAAAAGAAUUUGUUGCGUGAGGUCGUGGUCGGUAUUUAUUUAUAUUCGUACGUUAGUGUGUGUGUGUAUUCAUUGUUGCUUAGCGUUGUUGUUAAAACGGUGUUUUUUUUUUUCUUUUCAUUCUUUUGUGAAAAAAGUGUGUUAAGAAAUAUUUGCAAAUUAAAAUAUAAUAAAGUGGAAAAAUUAAAUUAAACCAAAUUAAAUUGUUUCGCGUUGUUUAAAAGAGUAUAUUUCAAAGGAGUAUUCCUUUAUAAAUAUUAAUGAUAUUGUUGGACCCCCUACAAAUGAAAUUAAAACAACUCAUGGAAAAAAUUUGUUUAAAUUAAAAGAAUUUUAUAAAAACGUUUACGAAAAUAAAAAACUUCACCGAAUGAAAUCUACAACAAAAAGUAAUUUACAACUCAAUCAAUAUGGAUGUCAAUGAAUUGUUAUCUAAAUGGAAUCUCCAACAUUUAUAUGAUAAAUUUAAAGAAGAAAAUAUAACAAUAAAUACAUUAAAAAUUCUACAACCCCAUCAUAUAAAGAAAAUAUUUUCUACUUUACGAACUGGUGAUCAAGCCCAUUUUGAGUUCGAAUUACAAAAUUGGAAAAAAAACUUUGGAUACGAGAGAGAUUUCAACAUGGAAACGAAUAAUGCGAAAGCAGGCAUUAAGCGAUCAUUACUUUCCGUUUCUGACAUCCUAUCCAGCACCAAAAGUGGAACAGAGAUACUAAAAUAUUAUGAUAAACACCAGAUCCUUCAGGAAGAGCACCGGACCUUAUUAAUCAGUACAAUUACUCAGUAUUUAGACCUAAAUGGCUGUGAAGUAUCUCUAUCAGAAUGUGCGGAGCUAGAAAAACAAAUUUGCACCAUAUUUCCAACCGAAGAGCUGUCUUUUUAUACUAACGGAAAAAGGGGCAAAAUAUAUAAUAAGUUGGCCAAUUUAAAGCGAUCGUCUAAAGAACUAUUUAAGGAACAAAAAUCAUCAGAAGAGGGAAAUUUUGAAUGCGAAGCAACAGAAAAUUAUGUGGUUUUAGUCCAAACUCUUCGAAGCGAUAAGAUCACUGCAGAUGAUUUUGACCUCACUUCGUUUUAAACAAAUCGCUGAAGCCAAAACAACGACCGAGAUACUCAAUUUGUGGCCAGAAUAUACAAAGCCGUCAGCUUUCCAAUUUAUUAAUAUAGAUUUUAUACUGAAAUUAGGCAAAUAGAUUUUAUACUGAAAUUAGGCAAAGUGCCUAAAGGAUAGAUGGACUCAACUCGAAGAUAGCAUUUUAAACAUCUUAAAAAGCAAAUCUGGUUGCUCUAUCCUCCUCAAGGACCUGCAAAAAGUUGGAUCAAACAACGAAGAAUAAUGAUAUGUUUCUGUCUAUUUUCGGAGUCAAAACAUUCACCAUCUUUUGGCACGCGCACAAACUCUUCCCUCCUCAACAUACUAUUACCACCUCUCCAAAUGGAGAAAAAAUUAGAAAGAGAUACUCUGUUGCGGACUCUCAAGAAAGCUUUGCUGUAUUAGCAACAUGAGAUGAAGAGUUAGAGACCAAAUUAAAACUUCUUCAGUUGCAAGGACGUAACAUUCAACCUAGACUUCUUAUUGUUGGAUAUCUAUAUGAUAUUAAAACUAUUUAUGUUUAUUUCGAUAGACUAAAGUUUCCAUUUUUAACCUUUUUAGAUGCAUUUGAUUGUUUGUUCAAAUUAUUUUUUGUUUUUAAUGUUGAAUUCCCUUAAGAAUCGGAAGUUUUUUAUAAUUUUGUUCAAUCUGUAUUAUAUGAUUUGCCAACCUCCAAAAAAUUCGCAAAAGUUUCGUUAUUAAAACAUGAAAUUUUAAAGAUUUAAAAUGAAUUCGAAAAGCUUCUUUAUUAUCAAAAUUUAAAUUACAUUAUUUUCUAAACAUUAUUUUUCAAUCUAUGAAAAGAAAUUGUUUGUU